AUGGCACUUUUUGAAGCAUAUGCCGCCGCCCGCGACGCAACACGGCAGCUCUACUUGUAUAUCAUAGAAAUUGGCCGUCGCCAAUUCGGGAAGGUCAUACGCAGGACACAACAUUUGACGAUCAGUGCCUUCGAGGUCGUGCAAUACGGCUGGAAUACUCGCGAACCUAAGUUAUCCUUGCCGCAACAUGCCAGUGCAGAUGACGUUGCUCCUCGGCCGGCCAUCGCCGCUACAGCACCUCCGUUGUCAGCGGGCAUUCAUGCCAACUUGACCCACUCCGAGGACGAUGAAGCCUUGCCACAACACACGUGUGUAAGCGACGUUCAACCUCCUUGGUCGGCCAUCGCCACUGCAGUACCUUUACCUCUCUUGCCAGUACCUCUCCCUCUCUUGCCAGGACCUCCACCUCUCUUGCCAACCGUGACGAACAUUACCAGCUCGGCGCACAAUGCAGCCUUGCCGCCACCCAUAUCACCUGCAACGCUAUCUGGCGUAUCAGAAGAUACUGCGCGGCCCUCACAACCGCUCACCGGGACGACGCUGGAGCCUCCACGCCAUACGCAAGCACAAUGCCCCGCGGCGAGCGAUUCCCCUGGGUCUGGGGGUCACCCCGGCACCCCGACGCUAGUGAUAUUGCUUGGUGCUGUGUUCCUUGCCGUCUGCGCCAUCCACGUUGUCGCCCAGAAAUGUGGAAGGGGCCGACGCCCGCACACCAAACAGAGGAAUCUGCCCAGAUCGCAGCACCCGUCCCAAGAUCUAGACGUUGCGCAAGCAAGGCCGAUGAGGCGCAGCAAUCCACGACUCUGGGCCCCAAUAAACGCGCUUCAAGACAUCUACGACGGGUUGCACGACUGCACCUCCGAGACACCGUGUUUCGCGCCAGGCGACCCCACGGUCACAUAUGACUUCGGGACCGGGAGAUUUCCGCUCAGACUGGGGAUUCGUGUCGCGCCCAAGCGUUCGACCCCCAUCGUCGUGGACCCUUCGGUGCCUCCGCUGCUGGACGACGUCAUCCAGGAUGCGAUGGAUCUUCAGGCGGAGAUGGAUGCUGCGUGGGACGAGGUACUCCGUCGUGACCGUGCGGCGUGCUAG